AUGGAGCUCUUCAGGGUUCACUUGUUGCUUGGAGCCGUAGGGUUUCUUCUGUGGACCAGCGGUGGCUCUGCUGCACCCAUGGAGUGCCACUUCAGCUCCAGAGCUCUGUGUGUGUACGAGGGGAGGCACUACUCACUGGGUGAAACCUGGAUGGACAACGCUUGCAUGCAAUGCACCUGUCUGCACCCUGUUGGGGUCGGUUGCUGUGAGACAGUGCAUCGGCCGGUGGAUUUCCCCGCAUGGUGUGAAGUGCAGGUGGAGCAAGUGACCUGCAAAGUGUCUCUAGUCCAGUCAGCUGACCCCCGCCUGCCCUGCUCCCCGGGUCAAGCGAACAAGGACCCGAGCCAUGGAUCGCUUCAGCUGCAGCAGCAUCUCGAAGGCUGGAACGCAACUAGCACUGAGUAACUCUGCCGCCACUCUGCCUGCCCAUGGAGCCGAUACUCAUUACAGUUAGAUAUCCAUAACCAUUACUCAUCUUCAGUAUAUGAAUUAUUCAUGUAGGGAAUAUGAUGCUUAGCAAUUUUUAAGCAAAUGUGCAGCAAUUUACACAAAAUAAUUUGAAGUCUUAACAGAUGUAGAAAAUAUAGGUCCCUGCCUGCUUUAGAAGCAUUUUAAUUUCUGUUUACGCUUAUAUCAGUUAGCAACUUGUCUAAUCCCAGCUGAGCUUCUUAUGAAACUCCUUUUAAGUUUACAGGAUUUUAAAAUGCUAAAUAACAUCAAACCGUUAAGUGUUUCUUUGUUCAAAGAUCCUGAUAUUAAUCCAACUGCUAUCUUUAAUUAACCCACUGAUGACAUUCUGUAAAUAUAUAAAUGUACUUUAAUAUAAAUGUCUGUUCAGU